AUGACCGGUAAGGAAAUUCUCCACAAGAUGAAGGAAUCCGUCAAGGAGAAAGUUGGGCUUGGUGCAUCUGCUUCAGCAGAUUCAGGGAAAGGGAAGAGCAAGAUGUCGAAGCAGAUCACACAUGGUUUCCACUUGGUGAAAGGGAAAGCUUUUCAUGAGAUGGAGGAUUAUGUGGUUGCCAAAUUCAAGGAAGUUGAUGACAAUGAGCUUGGUCUCUUUGCUAUCUUUGACGGCCAUCUUAGCCACGAGAUUCCUGACUACUUAUGCUCGCAUUUGUUCGAGAACAUCUUGAAAGAGCCGAAUUUCUGGCAAGAGCCCGAGACAGCUAUAAAGAAAGCUUAUUAUAUAACUGAUAUGACGAUUCUAGACAAGGCAGCUGAUUUGGGGAAAGGUGGUUCGACUGCUGUGACUGCGAUAUUGAUCAAUUGUCAGAAGUUGGUGGUUGCUAAUGUUGGUGACUCUCGAGCUGUUCUUUGCAAAGAUGGUGUUGCGAAGCAGCUCUCAAUUGAUCAUGAGCCAAACAUGGAGAAAGAUGAAAUCGAGAACAGAGGCGGAUUCGUUUCAAACUUUCCUGGGGAUGUUCCUCGAGUUGAUGGUCAACUGGCUGUGGCAAGGGCAUUUGGUGAUAAGAGUUUAAAGAUGCAUUUGAGUUCAGAACCAUAUGUUACUGUGGAGAUAAUUGGUGAUGAUGCAGACUUUCUUAUCCUAGCAAGUGAUGGACUGUGGAAGGUUAUGUCAAAUCAAGAAGCCGUUGACUCGAUCAAGGGAAUAAAAGAUGCGAAGUCUGCAGCAAAGCACCUCGCAGAGGAGGCUGUUACAAGGAAAAGUUCAGACGAUAUCUCAGUCGUCGUCGUGAAAUUUCAGUGA